AUGCGCUUCUUCACUCCCCUCGUCACUUUCGCAGCGGCAACGAUGGCCGAACAACUCCUCUACAGCAACGCCCUAAACUCAACCGCCGACAUAUCAACCUGGGUCGCAGAGGGUCCCCUGACCGCCGCGGCCGUGAACGGCACGCUCGAGCUCUCCGGCGCCGGCAACCCGGACGACUACUUCGUCUACUGGGUGCCCGAAGUAUUCCCCGACGGCAUUCGGAUCACCUGGGAAUUCUCCCCGCGCAACGAGCCCGGCCUGGCCAUGUUCUUCUUCGGCGCCGCCGCGGCGAACGGCACCGGUGGCAUCUUCGACCCAAGCCUUGCCCCGCGAAACGGGAGCUAUCCGCAAUACCACUCCAGCGAUAUCAGGACACUGCACGCGUCGUACUUUAGGAGGAGGUGGCCCGAGGAGAGGGCUUUUCUGUUGGCGAACCUGCGCAAGUCACCCGGUUUUCACCUUGUCUCCCAGGGCGCGGAUCCGUUGCCUCCGGUUGCCGACGCCGCAGGCGCAUUCUACAAGAUUGAGGUGAUCAAGGAUAAGCGGGAGGUCAAGUUCCGCAUCAACGACCUGCCAAUCUUUGAGUUCUACGAUGACAAGUCGACUGGGCCCGUGGUUCGGGAUGGGAGGAUCGGGUUCAGGCAGAUGCAGCCGCUCGUUGCGCGGUAUCGUAACCUGCAAGUUUGGAAGCUUUGA